UCAAUGUGACGUCAUCUGUGUGCGCCUGGUAGUGGUUUCUCCCGGUUCCGGUCCGUUCGGGAACAGUUUCACUCAAGAUUGUAAACAAAAUGAAAAGCGUGGAACAUAAAUAGUUGGAAAUGGUUUUUAACGUGUUUCGAAGCUUUAGUGGGUAUUUUAGUAUGUUUUUGUAAGUAAAAGCCAAGGUUUUAUAGGAGCUAACGUGUACAAGAACACCGACUAACUCAGUUUGUCUGUGUGGAAAGUUAGGUUUGUUCGUUUUUAGGUAGUUUUCUAGUUGUGUUUUAGUUAGUCUCAAAGAAACAGAAGAGCUGUAAAAAUGUCAAGGUACAGGAAGAAGAAGAACGACAUCCCAGACAGAUGGCUGGACUACGUUGCUGUAGGGAAAAGGCUCCAAGGGACUCGCUUCAUUGCCUUCAAAGUGCCUCUGAAACAGUCGUUGACAUGUAGGCUCCCGGGCUCAGACGUGUUCGGCCCCUGGGAGCUGCUGGAUGCUCUGAGCAAAGAGAAGCAAGCGCUUGGUCUGAUCAUUGACCUGACGUAUACCAAUCGCUACUACACACCUCAGGACAUUCCACAAUCGCUGCUGUGGGUGAAGAUCUUCACAGCCGGUCACGAGGUUCCCAGUGACCAAACAAUCCUUAGCUUCAAGCGAGUUGUGCACAGAUUUCUCCAAGACAACAAGGAUAAUGAUAUGCUGAUUGGAGUCCACUGUACUCACGGGGUGAACCGCACCGGCUACUUGAUAAGCAGGUAUCUGAUUGAUGUGGAUGGGAUGGACCCUGAAAAGGCAGUGGGGCUGUUCAACUCAUCACGAGGGCAUGCUAUAGAGAGACAAAAUUACCUGGACGACCUAAAGCAUGGCCCAAAGAGAAGUAACAAAAACAUCACAACAUGUGAGCAGGAGCCAGUAAGAGGAGAAGCUGUCCAUCGGCCAGUUUUCUCUGCACCGGACCCCAGACCUCACUUAAAUGGCCCUGAACACCACAGGUCAUCUUCUCCUCGAGGAUUAUUACAACCUUCUCACCAAGGUCUCUUCCCCCGCCCUCCAGUCCUCACCCAGCCUCCCUUCCACCAUCCUCAACCAUUUAAUCCAUACAGAUGGGCCAGUGAUGAUAGAAGAGGAGGAGGAGGAGGAGGAAGAGGAAGAGGAGGAGGAGGAGGAGGAGGAGAAUGUUCAUGGAGGAGACCCCCCUAUUUAGUGGAGGCCUGGUCUGGACACUCUAUGUAUUUGCAGUCAGAGCGGCGCCCCCCCAGCCACUUAGGAAGAGCUGCUCCUGUUGCCCUCCCUCCUUACUCCCCCCGCUGGUCCUCCACAUCCAAUAGUGAUGAAGGAGCUGUGAGCGAGAGCUGGUCCAGAAAAAGACCCCCAGUCAGAUACGACACAAACAGAUAUGGCAACUGCUAGUUUACAUGACAGAUGAGCUGAUCACAGAU